AUGUCAUCAUCGUAGCAAGCCUUUUAGAAACAAUUUGGUAAAUGGACAAAAACAAUAAUGUCUCAUCACAUCUAAAGAGUUUAAUAAACCCUAUUUAGAAGUUAACAGCAAAUACUAAGAGUGGAUAAAUUAUAUCAAUUAACUCAGUAAUUUCAUUAGGCCAACUUAUCAAAACCUUAUCCGUGUUUAAACGAUUAAUAUUUCAUGGAUCAAUACGCCUAUAGCGCUUCCUUUUGUUAUCUAGUAUACAGUAAUGAUGAUCAAGGAGAGAUGUAUUAAAAACUUAAAGAUCUAUGCAGUAUUUUGAGUGAAACAGUUUUAAUGCUCGAUCAAGAUUUUGAUAUUAUGUUUGCAUCAACGGAGGAUGUUCACUUUUUUACUGUUUGGCCAGGCUCUUAUUUGGGUUUUGAUUACAAUCCUCAAAAACGAAUUUGGUACACCAAUCAUUUAGAACAAUCGUCUAAAAAUAAUAAAAGUCGUACUUAUUUUUGUGAGCCUCAUAUCCACUGGACUUGGAAAUUGUUGAUGAUUGCAUAGACCACAAGUUUACUGGAUAUUGAUGGAUCAUUGGAUGGAGUGAUAGCAUCUCAUGUAAACUUCACUUAAUUCAAAUAUUAAGAUAGCGAAGUAAGUUUCACUAUAAUAUAUCCUGACGGUAGAAUUUUGCUUAGCGAAUUAAAUAUUUCAGAAACUUCUUACAUAUAUGAUUACAAUUUAACACAUUUAGAUUAUUAAGAUUAUUAAUAAAUAAUUAAUUAAGCAAAUAAACGUGAUACUAUCAGCAAUUGUGAUUCAAAGGUUUGGAAUGAUUUUGGUUAUUUAUGCAGAAAGAUACACAAUUCUACAGAGGAAGAACUUAUAAAUGCCAAGAUUAUGGAAAAUGAAGGUUUGGUUUUGAUCAUAUAGAGCAAAUUAUCAUAGUAUCAGAAAUAAUUUAAGUAGAUGUUUGACACCUUCUAAAGUGGAAUGUCAUCUAUCUUCUUGGGAACAAUACUUGGCUUCUUUGGAUACAUGUUUUCCUCUGCUUUGAUUACGAGCAUCAUCAUAAUCGUGUUGUUUAACCCAAUCAUUAAAAUAAUCAAUCAAACUUCUCAAUAUGUCUUCAAGGAGAGUGUUUAAAUGCAAUAUAAAUUAUAAAAGAAACCACAACUGAAAUUCUUUAAGAAAUCCACAACAAAUACAUUAAUAGAAUAAUUAUAGACUUCAUUUAACAAAUUAAUCCACAAUUCACUUCAUCAUCAUAAAUCCUCGCUGUGCUUAUGGAUUGAGUAGUUUAGAUACCCUAUCAAAAGGUGGAGAAAGAAGAAAAGCGUAAGGAAAAUAAUGAAAAAACAUUCUUAAUUGCAAGAUAAUCUCUAAAACUAAGAAAUUACAGAUGAAUAAAUUACUUUUGUGUAACAAUUAAUUAAAAGUCAUCAAUCUGAUUAAAGUUCAACACAAAUGUGA